AAGAAAUUGAAUAUCAAAAUGGAAAACUUUCCAAUUCUCAUGAUAAAGAAGGGAAUGAUACUAAUGCUCAAAAUCUUGAGAAUGGUAUCACUGAGAAAGCUCCAAACUUUAAAUCAAGUACUGAUAAAGAAAAUUUAAUUACUGACGAAGAUGGCUAUUGGUGCUCUCCCUCAAUUAAUGAACUCAAUGAGCUAUCUUUAAUGAAGUUACUUUCAGUUGAAAAUUUCACUGUUGGGCGUAAAGGAUAUGGUAAAAUCGAGUUUAAAGUUCCUGUUGAUCUUUCGGUGUUUUCAUCAUAUUCUGAGAUUGCUGGAAACAAAAUCGUAUUCAGUAAACAAGCAUGUAAUGUUUAUCCAAACGAAGAUGAAAAACCACCCGUUGGUGAAGGAUUUAAUGUUCCUGCAAGAGUCACCCUUGAGAAUUGUUUUCCAGUUUUGAGCAAAGAAAUCAUUACUGAUCCAACCCACCCAAUUGUCAAACCUCAUAUUACCAAAUUACAUUUAAUGAAAAACACCAAAUUUGAAAGUUAUGAUCCAGUUUCUGGCGUUUGGUCUUUUUCAAUUGAACAUGUCUAGAACAAAUUCCAACUUAUUUUUGGUUUUUAUUCUCAUAUUUCCAUUUCCCAUUUCUCGUUCUCACUUUUGUCCCCAUUGUCUCUGGUGUUCCUAAUGUCUCUUCAAUUACUUAUUUCAUCGAUACUCCCUGUACUCUUUUUAUACUCUUCUUGUUCUUUUAUUGUAUAACAUACAUAUCAGUUAUAAAUAGAUCCGUAGCGAUAUAUUCAUAUAGUGAUAUAAAUACUUGUUUGUUUCUUGAUAUACUUAUAUAGCCACAUAACAUAUACUCAAUAAACAACCCCCUAUCCAAU